AUGCGCGCCUUAGCAUUCGGAGCCGAGUUCCCAGUGCCAGGAAGAACACAUGCCAAAGGAUAUCAGGGUUACACAUGGGUGAGACUAGAUCAGUUGGUGUACUACUUCUUUGGGUUGAGAUUGACGAAGAAGGAUGAAAUCGAGAUGGGUAAAAUUUUGGAAAUUGCACAGAAGAGCCGGGAUGGUGCAUUUGUCAGUAUGGAUCUGGAAGAGGCUACGAAUUGGUCUCACUCUUGCCACUUGUCCGCGUUCACACCUGAUAGUAUAUUAGGUGAAGGACUUAAUAAUAUAAGGUAG